UGGUACAUGCUGGCCCCGGAGUGCUGUGGGGCAGCUGGUGGCUCGCCCCUGCCCCGAAUACUUCUACGGAGUGCGGUACAACACUACAAAAAAAGAGCAAGCUGCAUUAUCACAUCGCUGUCAUCAUCAACUACCUGGGGCACUGCGUCUCACUUGGGGCCCUGCUCGUCGCCUUUGUCCUCUUCAUGCGCUUGAGGAGCAUCAGAUGCCUGCGUAACAUCAUCCACUGGAACCUGAUCACAGCCUUCAUCUUAAGAAAUGCCACGUGGUUCGUGGUACAACUCACAAUGAACCCGGAGGUGCAUGAGAGCAAUGUGGUCUGGUGCCGUCUGGUCACAGCUGCCUACAAUUAUUUCCAUGUCACCAACUUCUUCUGGAUGUUUGGCGAGGGCUGCUACCUCCACACGGCCAUUGUUCUCACCUACUCUACAGACAAGCUUCGCAAGUGGAUGUUCAUCUGUAUUGGCUGGUGUAUCCCCUUUCCAGUCAUUGUUGCCUGGGCAAUUGGGAAGCUGUAUUAUGACAAUGAGAAAUGCUGGUUUGGGAAGCGAGCAGGCGUUUAUACUGAUUACAUCUACCAAGGCCCUAUGAUCCUGGUGCUCCUGAUCAAUUUUAUCUUUUUAUUCAACAUUGUUCGGAUACUCAUGACGAAGCUCCGGGCCUCAACCACAUCAGAGACCAUCCAGUACAGGAAAGCUGUGAAGGCCACACUGGUCCUGCUGCCAUUGCUGGGUAUCACCUACAUGCUGUUCUUUGUGAACCCCGGGGAGGACGAGAUCUCCCGCAUUGUCUUCAUCUACUUCAACUCUUUCCUGGAAUCCUUCCAGGGCUUCUUUGUCUCUGUCUUUUACUGCUUCCUGAACAGUGAGGUUCGUUCCGCUGUACGGAAGAGGUGGCAUCGGUGGCAGGACAAGCACUCCAUCCGCGCCCGUGUGGCCAGAGCCAUGUCCAUCCCCACAUCCCCAACACGUGUUAGCUUCCACAGCAUCAAGCAGUCAACAGCCGUCUGACACAGGAAGAAGUUAUCACCCACAAGGGAGGCAGAGGCUUGCCAUAGCUUCUCCUCUGCCACUUGCACUUCAGAUUGAGUGUGGUGUGUUAGCUGGGACCUUACAGGACAGCAGGAGGCCACAAGCUUGUGAGCCAUGGCUCAGCAGAGCCCACUGGAGGAGUGUGAUGCUCCAAAGAAAUCCUCUGCUAAACUCUCCAGUGGUUGACCUGGGAAACGAGACAUCAGAGCAGCUUCUGCUUAUUCUGGCUGGCCAGUGGGAGGCCAAAGCAUCCAUGUCUGUGGGUUUGGGCAGUAUCCGGUGGCUCUGAAACAAGAAGGCAGCUGAAGGCAUCAGCCUAUUUUGGGGUCCAUACUUUCCCCAGGCCUGUGGAGUGACAGUGAUUCCCAGAACGGUGACUGCCUUACUGAAGGUAUGGAAGGGUCCAGCAGAUGCCACACUGCACUGCAUCACUCCCACUGCUGGGGGACUUGAGACACCUUAUGAGUACAGGAAGAGCCCUGAUCCAGAACCUGGGUCCUGACGUGCCAUGGUCUGAGAUCUUUCCCUCCUCCAUGUUUGCACACACUGCACUGCCCCUUCUCAGAUCUCAUGUCCUGCAUACCAAAGUGCUGUAAAAGCCCUGUCUGCAGCACAUGCUAUGUGCAUCAUGUGGGGUUGGGUGACCCCAUCAGAAGCCGCUGUGUGCCAGUGGCAUUGCUAACCGUGUGACAUUAGGGAAGUUGGUACAUUGUACCUCCUCAAUAUGGUCAACCUAAAUGCCCUGCAGAACCUCUGCAGGCCCUAGCAACAGGUACAUUGCUCUAGGGUACUUUAACCUCUAGUCAAGAACUGCCACUUGGGACAGGAAUAGAGUUUACUUGGUGCCGUUUCAGUGUUGCACCUUAUACAGCACUAAGGUUACUGAUGCUCCCACACCGACCCUGCUUCUGCCUCCAUGGAGCAAGAUGCCUGUGGGCUACAUGCCAGCACCUGCCAUGCUGCCUGUUCCAGUGCCAGGGCAUGAUGCCAUGAGGCAUGAUGUUUGCUAAGCUCUCAGGGCAGCCACUCCUGGUUUGGAGAGCUAAUACUAGGACUCCUACAUUGCUGCUUAAAUUGCCCAUUUUGGGGUGAAAUUUGCUUGUUCGGUCUCAAGUGCAAAGUUGUGUGGGACCAGUCCCUCACAGCAGCAUUGCUGAGUUACUUGUACUCAGGUUCACAUCUCCUGAGUUAGCCUCUCUCAAGUGUGAGCAUGGUCACACUUUGGAAUAAGACUAGUGAUUGUACUAGCGAUACUGGGUGGUCAGGAUUGCAGCUCAUGUGUUGUGGUAGCUCCAGCUGCAGGCCCUUACUCUCAGGACAAGUAUAAAGCAUCAGUGCACUCAGAUCAAUGGGGGACUUGUUUGUGGUCAGGACUUUAGCUGGGAGCAAUAUUCAUGUUCUAACUGGAGUUAACUCUGAAGUGAAGGCAAGUCCUGGGAGAACCAGAGAACAAGGAGGUAUGGAGAGUGGUCACAGCAAGCUGCUGCUGCAGAAAAGACAUAGACAUGAAGGGGGCAGGGCGAUCAGAUUCUAGCAAUGGGAGCAAGUUGUUGUAACUCAGUACAUGUGCCCUCUAUGACCUCUGUCAGCUGCAAGCAGGAGAGGCAGAAUGGAGGUAACUGAAAGGGAAAAGGAUUGUUCAGCCCAGAGCCAAAGACAUGGUGCAACAGGGCGUGAAUCGGGCAGAGCUAGCCAUGACAGAUCUAGCCAGGGUUAACACUGAUUCUAGGGCAGAGGGGGCAAGAGUCCCCAGCUGUCUUGGGGAACCCCUGCCCCCUUAACCCCUCACUCACACAUGUGAUGAAGCACCUUAGUUCUUCUGUGUCAUUAGACAACACAGAUUUUAGAUACCAUAUUUUUCACACAUAUAACAAGCACCCUUUUUCCCAAAACUCAGCUGCUGAAAAUAGUGGUAAGUGCUUUAAGUGAGAGAUGAAAUACAGUAAUAGCCUCUUUUGCAGCUUGAGCCUCUGCUGGGAGAAAAAGACACUUCACAUGAUGCACAGGGGACCAGCACAGUGAGUACAUAAGGGCUUUCUAGCAGCUGAAUGUGGACCCCUUCUCUUCCACCCUCUCCUUCCUGCCCCAGUAGAAGCUUGUGCUUCAGAAUCUGGCUACCCACCCAAGUAGUAUAAGGCUAUGUACCCAGCUCAAUUCAAGAAGAUGGGGCAGUUUGGUGGUUUGACUGUAGUUGUCUGUUUUCCCUGGAAAAGCACUGUAUUUCUCUGUAUUUUCAAAAAAAGAUUGUUUUUUCCCACCACUCUGCCUUUCAAAAACAAGCAGGUCUUAUUCAGGAGUGUGUUGCAUGUGAGGAAAUGAGGAAUUUCAUUCCUAAAUGAAAACUUGUCCAAAUGUGUUGCAUGUGGUAUGGGCCAAAGUUUCCCCAUGAAAGAUGUCCAGAUGCCAUAAGGAAUAAAGGCUGAACUGCCCUCUGGUGUCUAGUAACCUC